CUUGACUCAACCCUCGUGCUAUUUUGUAUUUGUCUUGGUUAGGCUUAGGAAAACUGCACCGAGAAAUAGAACAAGAAGAAAUAAAGAAAAAUUAUGCUAGUACUCACAAAAGAUGUACAUACCAUUCCGUUCUUGACUCAAGCCUCAACCCCAAUUCCCAAAUCCUCAAAAUCCCACCUCAGAAAUCCCAAUAAUUUGCAUCACUCUUGCAAAGUUUGUCUUUUUUGACGUGGGUUUGUCUUAUUUAUUUUUCUUGGCAGCAAUUUUUUUUUUCGUUUGAAUAAUUGAUGAGACAUGGAAAAUCCAAAAGAAUUGAGGUCUGAUGCUGAUUUCAGCUUCGAGUUUUUCCCAUUUGAAAUGAUAAUUGAGAUUCUCUCAAGAUUGCCAGUCAAAGUCCUUGGCAGAUUCACCACAGUCUCCAAAUUAUGGUACUCUCUCAUCACAAGUUAUAUGUUCAUUAAUAAGCAUCUCAAGGAUUACUCCAUCUCGCUGUCUAAUAAGUCUUACAGCAGCGGCGACAGCAGCAGCAGCUCGGCUACCCCUUUUAGCUCUGUCUUGCUAAUUCCUAUUGUACUAAAGGAAUUAGAGAGACAUUCUUAUUCUAUGUUUUUUGAUAGCACUUUUGAUGAUAAUGGAAGUUUUGAAAUUCCGAUGUUGUAUCAUUGGCUUGAGAUUUUGUACGUUGGGAAUUCUUGCAAUGGAAUAAUCUGUUUCACUGAUCAGAAGGCAUUUUUCGGUAGGAAAGUGUAUUUGUACAAUCCUGUAAUUAGGAGAAUGAAGCUUAUAUCCCAUAAUUGCUUUGCUGAUAUGAUGUUUGAUCGUAACAAAGUGUUUUGCAAACUGGGAUUUGGGUUUUGUGAGUGUACUAAUGACUAUAAGGUUGUGCGGAUCCAUUAUGUUAAGGACGAGGAGUCAAAAAUGUUGGGGAAUGUAGCACCUGAGGUGGAGGUUUAUAGUUUGAAUGCUGAUAAUUGGAGAAGGAUUAAGGCAAAUGUCGAGUGUAUUGUCAAUUAUAGGUCGGUUUCUUGCAAUGGAUCUAUUCAUUGGUUGGCUCGAAAGAAGAAUGGACGGAUUUUUGAUGCUAUCAUGUCCUUUGAUAUUGCUCAUGAGUUGUUUUGUGAGACCGAUUUGCCUGUUCAGUGCCACUCAUUGAAGGAUGGGACUUUAUUGGUCUUCAAGGGGUUGCUUGCUAUUUUCAAGGAUGGCAUUAGCAUUAGAGAGUACGAAGGCUAUAAAUGCUACGAGUUAUGGGUGAUGAGGGAGUAUAAGGUUGCCAAAUCCUGGACUAAACUAUUUGUUUUGGAGACAAAACGAUCUGUUGUGAAGGCAUUUGGAUUUACAAAGAGUGGACAACUUGUGAUGCAGAUGCACGGUGAUAGGUUAGCAUCUUGGGAGCCUGAAGGAAACUGUCUGAAACAUCUAGAGAUUGAUGGAUUUCUACAUCAUGUGGAUGCUUCUUUUGUGGAGAGUCUUGUUUUAUAUGAAGGUGGAUGUUUUGCUUCAGCAGAAACAAACACAAUAGUAGCAGAAACUAGCCAAAGUAUGAGGAUCAUGGAUUCUCGGGAAUUGCUCUCAAGCAUGGAUACUCUUAAAGUUCCAAUUCAUGGUGACGAAGUAGCGGUGAGGGUAGCAGCUGAUGUUGCUUCGCUGGAAUGUGGUAUAAGUGAACUUAAAAGUCUGUGUUGGAGACGCCCAGCCUUAGUGUGUAUCAUGGCUAAGCCACGGGAUUCACCUUCUACUGUGCAACUUUGUGUAGAGAAUUAUUGCUUGCUUAUUAAGCAAGAUGAUCUGGGUUAUGUUCCUGAAUCACUAAGAGAUUUUUUGGCUAAUCCAGAAAUAUGUUUUGUAAAUGUUGGUCCUGACAGAUUGUAUCUCGGGCCAUUCUUCCUGGAAAGAAAUGGGAUUGAGUUCAGUCAUUUAGUUUACAGGGUUCUAAGGAAGCAUUAUUUUAGCAGAUGGGGGUUGAAGCCUCUUGCAGAUGAAGUUGGAGUUGUUCUUGAAGAAUAUCCUGCUAGGUUUGGCCUAGACUGCAGGACUGAAGCUUUCUCUGCUGAGGAUGUCAAGUGGGCCAUUUAUCAUGUCUAUGCAUCUUUUAGGAUCAGUAGUAAACUCUUUGGUUCACUUUAAACUUCCUUUUUCUUUUAUUUUAGUAAGCUAUUUCUUCUUUUACAAUUUUCGUAAUUUUUCAAACAGUUGUAAAACUGUUAAACCUACCAUUUUUCUUCCCUCCCUCUCUGUUUGUUUCGACCGCAAUGUAUCAUGUAUUUGUAACGGUUCACAACAUGGCAUCCGCUUGGACGACUUGAACCUCCCUUCUCCAUAGUGGUGGUGCAUGUUUACUUAUUUGUUGCUAAAUAGUCUGUACUUCAGGAAUGCAGUAGCAGUAACUUUGGUGCCUAGCAAGUCAGUUAGAUAUUCUUAUGUGUUAUUGUGUAACACUUAUCACAAAGGGCUGACUCUAUGUAGCAUUUAGCUAUGCAGAACAUUAAGAUCUAGGAAUUUGCAACA